ACGAAUCCUGAACCGCUGAUAUCUUCUUCUAAACGGGUACGCCCAAAAGCCCAACUUCUCUCUCCUCUUUUCCUCGCUUCAAUGACUUCCCCAUUCCUUCUCCUCUUCUUCCUCGCUCUAACCUCUUCUCCGCCGGCAUCCGCCGACGACUUGCCUCCGGCGUGCCCAUAUCCCUGUCUUCCACCCCCGUUGUCUUUCACAAACUACCCUCCACCACCGCCGUACACGCCGGACUACUCGUUGUAUCCGCCGCCGGCUGGCAACAUACCGUACUACGAGCCGCCGACGACUCCGUACUCGAACUACCCUGCUCCACCGCCUCCUAAUCCUAUACUACCCUGGUUCCCCUGGUACUACCGCUACCCCCCACCGCCGUCUUCGGCGCCCCUGCCGGCGAAACUUUCCGGCGCCCUUCUCACUGCCAUCGUUAUGGUAUCAUUUUCUACUUGUUUCUUCUUAGAUGGAGAGUACUUUAUGUGAAUCGCAAUAUAUAAAUGGCUCUUUUUUAUUAUAUUUUUUUGAUGAAUUGUGUUGUAAGAAACAAAGGGAAAUUGGGCAACAAGUUCUUGUAAAUUGACUGUUUACAUAUAUUUCUUUUCUUGCUGCUAUUGCUGAAAUUCGCUAAUAUAUAAUCCACAAA